CGGGCGCGAACUCUCCAGCAGCCAGCCAAUCAGAGCACAGUUUACAUCUCCCUUAGAGUUUGAACAGCCUGUAUUUUCGGGUCAGCUGGAGGGAGGGACGGAGAAAUCUCUUGAUAUUUACCCGAUUUUCAAGAUUGAUAGGCCACAAUGGAGGAGGACACGGAAUACCUGAAGCUGCCCCUCGAGGACCGCUGUGUGCACAAGUUAUGGAAGGCCCGACUGAAUGGCUAUGAGGAGUGCACCAAACACUUUGCGAAGAUCACAGAUGAGCGCUCACCAGAAUUCAACAAGUUUGCUCCUCUUAUGAAAAAAUUUGUCACAGACAGUAAUGCUGUUGCACAAGAGAAAGCAUUGGAGGCUGUUUUGGCCUUUGCUGAGAAUGCCCAUGUUGCUGGAAGGACAGCAGGGGAUUGCACUUCUGGCAUUGUACAGAAGUGCCUGGCAGCCCCCAAGCGAGGCACACAGGAGAAGGCAAUGGAUGUGCUGCUCAUGUACUGUGAGAUUGAGAAGUAUGAAGUGGUGCAGGAAGAGCUCAUGAAGGGCUUUGCUCAGAAGAACCCCAAGGUAGUGGCUGGCUGUGUACGGGCCCUCACCACUGCCCUCAGGGAGUUUGGUCCUAAGGUGAUCAACCCCAAGCCACUGAUGAAGCAGAUGCCCACCAUACUGGAGGACCGAGACAAGAAUGUGCGAGAGGAGGGCAAGAAGCUGAUGGUAGAGCUGUACAGGUGGAUUGGACAGGCACUCAAACCUCAGAUGUCUUCCCUUAAGCCAGUGCAGGUCCAGGAACUUGAGGCUGAGUUUGAGAAGCUUGGUGGUGAGAAGGCAGUGCAGAAUCGCUUCCUUCGGUCACAGCAGGACCUGAAGGCCAAGAUGGAGGCUGAGGCUAACAAUGAGGAUGUGGAUGAUGAUGAGGAUGUUGGAGAAGACAUACCAGAGAUAGAUCCUUUGGAGUUGAUUGAGCCUAUAAACAUCCUUGAAAAACUUCCUAAAGACUUCUUUGAAAAGGUUGAAGCCAAAAAGUGGCAGGAAAGAAAGGAGGCAAUGGAGGUUCUUCUUCCCCUUACUCAGAAUCCCAAGCUGGAGUCUGGAGAUUACAAUGACCUAAUGAAGGCUCUCAAGAAGAUUAUAGGCAAGGACACCAAUGUGAUGAUUGUGGCACUGGCAGGGCAGUGUGUGGCAGGCCUUGCUAAGGGACUCAAGAAGAAGUUUUCUCCUUUUGCCUUGGCCUUCACAGAAACCAUAUUAGAAAAGUUCAAAGAGAAGAAAACCAAUGUUGUCAGUGCCAUGCGUGAGGCCAUUGAUGCAGUCUUCUUGACGACAAGCCUAGAGUCCAUUCAGGAGACAGUGAGUGGAGCUCUAGCCAACAAGAACCCCUCAGUGAAGGCAGAGACGGCUGGUUUCCUGGCUAGGGCACUUUGCUACUGCACCCCAACCAUACUCACUAAAAAGCUCCUGAAGGUGGUUGUAGCAGAUCUCCUCAAGGGUGUCAGUGAGCCAGAUCCAACAGUGCGAGACAACAGCUGUGAAGCGCUGGGUGUGGCAAUGAAGGUGGUGGGGGAGAAGCAAAUCAUGGUUUUCAUUGCUGAUAUAGAUAACCUCAAGAUGCAGAAGAUCAAAGAGGCUUCAGAAAAGGCAGAGCUGAAGGUGAAGAUAUCUGCCCCCAAAGCCAAGAAGCCAGCACCUGCAGCCAAGAAAGAGCCUGCCAGGGCAGCACCACACCCAUCAGUGAGUGACGCCCCUGCCAGGGUGGUGAGGGGUGGUGGUGGCAGAGCAAAGAAAGGUAUGUUCCAGGUCGAGGCACUAAAGGAGGGGGGGGGAGGGGGAGGAGGAGAGUCAGCCUUGGGUGAAUGCAAGGAGGAAGAGCUGUCUCUGGAUGAUGCCUUAGAGAAAGCUGCUGAUGUCCUCCCUGAAGAUGUGCUGAGCGGCCUGACAGAUGCCAACUGGAAAGUCCGACUCACUUCUGUUGAGUCUUUUAUAAAUACCACCAGAACAUUGGACCGAGGGGAGAUUCCUACACAAGCACUGGUCAGAUGCCUCGCCCAAAAGCCAGGUUUCAAGGACAACAACUUCCAAGUCUUAAAACUCAGACUUGAAGCUUUGAAACUACUGGCUGAAAAUUCAGAUUUCACAAGGCGGUCUGGAGAGGUGUGCAUCCAGGAGUUGGUGGAGAAGCUGGCAGAUCCCAAGAAUGGUCCUCUGUGUGGCGAGGUGCUGACAGCCAUUGCUGAGGCUGCCAAACUGCAGUGGGUGGGGCCUGAGGUGAUGUCUCGAGCCUCAGAGCAGAAGAGUCCCAAAGUGCAGGAAAUGGCUCUUAAAUGGCUCUCGGAUGCUAUUUCAGAAUUUGGCUUUGUGCUGCAGCCAAAGGCACUGAUUGGUGAUAUCAAAAAGGCAUUAGCAAACACCAAUCCUGGAGUAAGGACAGCUGGCAUCACCCUUUGUGGCACCAUGUAUCUUUACAUGGGGGCCACACUCAGGGUUUUCUUUGAGGACGAGAAAGCUGCCUUGCUCCAGCAGAUAGACACUGAGUUUGAAAGGCUGAGUGGGACCAGUCCUCCUGCCCCCUUCCGUGGUGCCAGCCAGGACAGGAGCACUGAGAAUGAUGGGGAUGAGGAUGAUGCCGUGGAUUCCAGGCAGGCAGCCCCCAUCAAUGUGCAGGACCUGGUGCCCAGAGUCAACAUCAGUGAACAGCUUACCUCCAAUCUCUUCAGCGAACUAGCUGAUAAGAACUGGAAGGUUAGAAAUGAAGCAUUGCAGAAGGUGUCAAAUAUCCUCUCAGAGGCUAAAUUUAUCAAGGGAGAUGUUGGAGAGCUGCCGACAGUGCUCUGCUCCCGCAUGAAUGACACCAACAAGAACCUAGCCCUGGAGGCAAUCCGACUGACUGCAUCCCUUGCCACUGCCCUCGGUCCUCACUGCAAACCACACACCAGGAAUAUUGUGCCGGGGAUGCUGACAGCUCUGGGUGACAGUAAACAAAAUGUUCGUCAGCAAGCAAUGAGCACCUUGAACUCAUGGGUGGAGCAGGCAGGGCUUAAGGAGACCAUUGAUGGUGAGGUGUUUGCAGAUGCUUUAAAAUCAGGUUCACCCUUCCUCAAAGCAGAGCUGUUUCCAUGGAUGGCUGAGAAACUAAAAGAUGCUUCACCAAAGAGCAUAAACAAGGAGGAAAUUCACGCAUGCACACAGUACCUCUUUGCUGCACUGGAAGACCGCAGUGCAGAUGUGAGGAAGGGUGCUAAUGAGGCUGUGUUGCCAUUCAUGAUCCACAUUGGAUAUGAGGGAAUGAUGAAACAUAUUACCAGAGUCAAGCCUUCAUCCAAGAACACAGUGAUGCAGGCCAUGGAGAAAGCAAAGGUGAACCUCCCAGCCAAACCCCAGCCCAAGCCCCGAAGUCCUGCUGGUGGUGCUUCUGCUCGCGUGGGUCGCCCAGGAUCUGCUAGUGGCCCACAGGGAGCAGGAAGAUCAGGUGCUGCUGUUGCCAAGAAGAGUUUGAGGACACCAUCAGCCACUAGAGCUGGCUCAUCAGGAGGCCGCAAGGAGGCUGAGGACGUGGACACCUCCCCACUGUUGCAAGUUAACAACCUGAAGCAGCAACGUGCCCUUGAUGAACAGAGACUUAGGAUUCUGCGGUGGGACUUCACCACACCACGUGCUGAGUUCAUCACCCAACUCAAGGACCAGAUGACAACAGCUGGCCUCAACAGGCAACUCAUUUCUAACAUGUUUCAUCAAGAUUUCAAGUUCCACAUCAAGGCCAUUGAUAGCCUUAAUGAAGACCUGGCCUGCAACCUACAAGCCUGCAUUGCAAAUCUUGACCUGAUCCUGAAGUGGCUCACCAUCCGCUUCUUUGACACCAACCCGUCAGUGAUCAUGAAGGCCAUGGAUUACCUGCAGCAGGUGUUCCAGUGUGUGACAGAUGAUGGUUACCACCUACAGGACCACGAGGCCAACUCCUUCAUGCCUUUCCUCAUUACAAAGUUUGGUGAUCCCAAGGAUUCUAUAAGAGGACCUGCCAGAAAUAUUGCUCGGCUCAUUUGUCAUAUCUACCCAGCCAGCAAGGUGUCCCCCUAUAUGAUGGAGGGACUCAAGGCCAAGAAUGCCAGGCAGAGGGCAGAGUGCCUUGAAGCCAUAGGUAACCUGAUUGAGACACAUGGGACUAUUGUGUGUCAGCCCUCACCUCCUGUUGCCCUCAAGGAUGUGGCCAAGCAAAUUGCUGACCGGGAUAACUCUGUCAGAAAUGCUGCCCUCAACUGCCUUGUCCAGGUGUACUUCCAGGAGGGAGAAAAGGUGUACAAAUACAUUGGAAAUUUAUCAGACAAAGACAUGAGCCUUCUGGAGGAACGUAUCAAGAGGGCAGCCAAGAACAGGCCUGUCAUAAAGAAGCCACUGCCUGAACCUGAAGUACCCACAGUCCGGGGAGGAGGAGCAACAGCAGCCGGUCGACCCAACCGAGUGACGCCCAAAGCUGCCCAGCCGGCACCACAACUCCUGAGGGAGAGAGGUGUUCCCAGGGCUGGGGAGCAACAAGCUACUGGCCUCAAGAGACACUUGAGUAGAAGGAUUGGAAACAGCCACAGUCAUGAGUCCAUGGACCAAAAUUCAGAGCACCCUAGAGGUCUCCCUCCCCUAUACUCUGGAGGCCCUCGCCACAGCUCUGCCUCAGCCUUGUCCAGCAGCAACAGCAGCCUGCCAGGUGCUAGUGCUAGUGGUGUAGGCAGCACCAGUAGGGUAGGAGCACGCAGACAUUCUGAAAAGCAGCUGAAGGGAGAUUGGCCCCUGCCUCCUCUGCGGAGGCGCCCAGUCACCUCCAUCCCCCUGGAGCAGGCGAGACGUAUUUCCCGCUCCCUCUCCUUCUUGUUGGGAGAACCUGAGAAUGAACCAGUGAUGGAAGAGGAGCCUCCACCCACCCACACGCUGCCUCCUCUCUCUCCUCAUAUACCUCCUCUUCUCACCAGAACAGUCACUUCUCCUCUCUUUCCUGGGUUUGGCCUCAAGCCCCAGCAGCCACCAAGCAACGCUAAUGCGCCCUUCAAGAUUGACUAUGGCAAUAUUGAGAAGCUUCUGGGCAAUGAUGACGAGCCAGAGCAAACCCAGUAUAACCUAGAGGAGAUUCCGGACCUGGCCUCCAUCCUCAACUACAAGCCAGUCUUGCCCCCCACUGCCUCUAGACUCACCCGGCCUGGCUUCAGCUCUGGAUGGUCGGCCACCUCAGCCCCCAGCCCUCUGGAGAGUGAAGGAGCAGCUCAGGCAAUCAACAUGGUCAUAUCUCAAGUUGCGACCACAGAUGCCAACACAGUCAUCACAGCGCUCUCCCAGCUGGACGAGGUGCUGCAGUCAGAGGAACGGUGUGGCCAGCUGGCACCCCACGUGGACCAGUUGCUGAUCAUCGCCACCCUUCAAUACCGCUUGGUCCUCAACACAAAAAUGGCCAACCUUAACAUCAACAAGGAGGAAUGCAUCAAAAUAUAUCGAUCACUCACCAGCUGUUUGAUGACGGUCUUCAACAACAAGCAGCUGGGCACCAAGGCAACAAGGGACGUGCUAAGAGAUGUAGUGCAUGUACUUAUUCACAUCAUCCUAGACCACCGGCUCUCCCAGUUGGAGGAUGGCCCUCAGAUAAUUCGUGCCAUUAAUGUGCUGGUGGUGCGCAUUGUGGAGAAGGCACAGUUCACCCAUGUGUUCAGUGCCCUCUUGAAACUACUGCACGAGAGUGUAGGCAGUGGUGGUGGAUGCAAGUUUACUGAGCUGGUCAUGAAGUGCAAUUGGAAAGCCAUUCGCAUUCUCCCCUCCCGCACCAAUGACCUUGACCUGGACCAGAUACUCCUUGAUAUCCACAACUUCCUAGUGGCAUAUCCAGUCAGCACGUGGAGUGAGCGUCCUUCUGAUACACCACUGCGCACAAUCAAAACAGUCAUCUACACGCUAAGCAAAGCCUAUGGACACUCCAUCCUUGGGCAUUUCUCCAAGAUUGACAACACCCAGGGCUCAGAACUGCACAAGUACCUCACCAAAUCCCUCAAGAAACCCAAGACUGAGGAUGAUGGAGGUGUUGGUGACAGCAACCGUCUGGCAGCUGCACAAGUGUCCAACGAGCCAGGAGACAGCGUCAAGUCUCCCAAAAGACUCAGUAAAUCUGAACACAACAUUCUGUCUGAAAUAUUCAGAAAAAUUGGUUCUAAGGAGAAUACCAAAGAGGGUCUUAUUCAGCUGUAUGAUUUUAAGCAGAAACAUCCAGAGGCAGACAUUGAACCAUUCUUAAGAAAAUCAUCCCAGUUCUUCCAGAAUUACAUUGAGCGAGGAUUAAAGAAAGUAGAGGCAGAGCGGCAGUUGGAAGGGAAAGCUACCUCUAAUCCAACCUCAGAAAAUGGGUCAAAUUCAGGGCCUUUGGCUUCCAUUCAAGUUCCUGACACAACCAAUUUCAACAUGAAUGAUCUCGUGGAUCAAUUCAAGUCUCUUGCUGCAUAUGCUGGCUUUGAUAACAAUUACAUUGAUUCUGCAGUGCAGAACAUCUGCAGCACAGAAAAGGAAAUGAAAGGAGACAUUACAGAAUACAUCAAUACUCAGUAGAGCAGAAUGAGUUUGGCUCACAGGAUGAGGGAGUUGUGCCUCACAUCCUACAUCUUGCACAAACUGUGUGGAUGUGCUGGUUUUACUAAAAUUGUUUUAAGGAAAACACAAACCCACAAAACACAUUUGGGAUAUGGGCAGAUUAUCCACCAGUCAUAUGGGAAGGGGAGGAGAAUUGUCACUAAAAGACUACUAUUAGACUACAACAAGAGAUUGGCCAUGGGUGAGCCUUCUGUUUCUACUGUUGGUACAUGUAGACCAUUACGGUUAAUUGGCUCAAUAAGUAUUAUAGGUGUACUCUCACUAUUCAUGUUACUCAGCAUUUUCAGUAAUAUUCAGUAGAGGAUGGUGUGUGUGUGUGUGUGUGUGUGUGUGUGUGUGUGUGUGUGCACGUGUAUGCGUGUGUGAUUGCCUUGUACAGGUGAGUGCCAGGGGAUUGGUGUGCUUUGUGUUCCUUCCUGGACUUGGCACACCAUCCCAAACAAGCUGACCUGACUCAUGAGAACUCAGACCAACCACUCUCACAACCUCCUCACUAGUGUGACCUAGCACUCAUGGACCAGCACUGUACUGAUCUCUGAGGACACCUUACCCACGGCCCCACAGCAGCACUAGCGGCAUCAGUAGCCCCUUGUUGUGGAUGUGCCCUCUUGUGCUGGUUACUUUUUCUCAUAAACCCAAACAACUAUUAAAUGACUGUCUCUCUGGACAGAGCCUGUGAUGUUUAAACUCGUGUAGCAGGGACUUAAUUAUUUAUUCAUCUUCAUUCAGGCUGUCUUUCAUCAAUCUUUUGGGGGGAUGUCAUGGGAGGAGAAUCAUUCCUCCCAUCUUUAUUUUUGUUUUUGUUUUUUUCACCAACCAGUCUUCAGUGUUUUGUUUUAAUCAUUCCAAACAUCUGGUCUGUAGUCCUGUCAAUGAAACUAUACUAAGAAUCAUCCCCAGUCUUCAUCUAGCAUUCUUGUACCUGCAUUUUGCAGCAUUCAUAUCCAUGUUCAGAUUUUCCUGAACAAGCCUCUGACUUUUUAUCUUGCUUCCUGUCCUGUUUCUAGGAUUUAUUUCAAUUUUAUUUUUUAGGAAGGAAUUUAUUUUGUAUAAUUUCCUCCCAAAGAGAAAUUUCUUGUAGUUCUUUUAACCUCUGAACACACCACUGUGCACCCCGUGUACAUAUUGUGUUUAGUUCAAUAUAAGUUCAUCAGUCUAAAAAUAAGGAUUAUUGUAAAGGAUCUAAUUAGUCAAUAAACAAUAGACGAAAGUA